AUGGCGGGCAAUAUCUCGGCGGCGAACCUCGGCGGCGUGGCGGAUGCCCGACUGGGCGAGGAAGCCGAUAUCAUCGGCACCUCGAAGGAAUAUGUCCCAGAAGAUCGGCUUCACCAGAUCCCGCCUCCCGUACUGGACGGCCAUCAGUCGAUCUACGUGGAUUCUAGUAUCAUGUUCGAGGAGUAUCGUUUCUGGGCCCAGCGGUCGCGUGAGGUGGAGAAGCACAUUCGCACCGAUAAUGCCGGUUUUGCGCAGCUGGGCAAACUGAUGCUGGGCCAGAAGCCCAACCCGGAAAUAGAUACAGUGGCCCAAGAUCCGGCUCCAACUGAGUCGGAAAAAAAGUCGAAUCCCACUCCUGCGAACGCGCCUGCUGGCAGCGACACGGAUGUCGAGACAGACGGCCAUGGUGUUACCGAGUCCGAGUGGGAACAGGCGCAGAGAGCGUCCCGCACGGCAACCUGGGGCUCGAUCUUCUACCUGAUCACCACGGAUAUCUUGGGGCCGACCAAUGUCCCCUGGGCAAUCAGUCAGAUGGGUUACGGGCCCGGAUUCGCCCUGUACACCGUAUUCGGCAUCCUGGCCUGCUACUCGGGUCUACAACUGUGGAAGAUCUACACCGGCCUGGACUCGACGCGCUUCCCCAUGCGCAACUACGGUGACCUUGCCUUCCGGGUGUACGGUCACUGGGCCCGCAUCCUGGUCAACGUCCUCCAGAGCUUCCAAUUUUUCCUCAACGUCACCCUUCUGAUCGUGAGCAACGGCCAGGGUCUGGCGCAGAUGGCGCAAGGCAAGAGCGGCAAUGGAUACCUCUGCUUCAUCGUUGCCGAGGUCAUCUUCAUGCUGAUCGGCUUCCUGCUGGGCCAGAUCCGCACGCUGCAGCGGCUGUCGUGGCUGGCCAACGUCGCCAUCUGGCUCAACGUCGUCGUCAUCAUAAUGACCAUGGUCGUCGUGCAUCAGUAUCCGCCGAACUACGAGGCCGUCCAAUCCUCCUACCAAAUCCCCAAGGGCCCGAUCGAGACCUCCGCCAACUGGCCCGCCCACACGACGCUCUAUGACCGGGUCAAUGGCUUGAUGAAUUGCGUAUUCGCCUAUGGUGGUGCGACGCUGUUCAACGAGCUCAUGUCCGAGAUGCGCCGGCCCAUGGACUUCUGGAAGGGAUUUAUCUGCGCUGAGAUCUUUAUCUAUGCGUGCUACCUGAUCAACGGCAUGGUUGUCUACAGUGCCCAGGGCCAGUUCACCUACAACCCAUCUUACCAGGGCAUCCCGCAUUCAGCCUACGCCUUCCAGACCCUAGGUAACGCUAUUUCCUUCAUUACUGGCGCCAUCGCCGCCCUGCUAUAUGGCAACAUCGGCAUCAAGAUCUUCUACUCGGCCGUCCUCCGCGACGUCUUCCACCUCCCUCCACUGGACCACCGCCUCGGCAAAUGGCUCUGGGUUGCCCUGGUACCCAUCUACUGGGUCCUUGCCUGGGUUGUAGCAGCCGCCAUCCCCCAAAUCAGCAACCUCACCUCCUUCGUCGGCGCUGCCUGCAUCCUCCAGUUCUCCUACACCUUCCCCCCACUCCUGCGCGUCGGCUACAGCGUGCAGAACGACGCCAUUCUGCCCGGCGAGGUUUUCGAUCCGCACACGGGCCAGGCUCUGCGCGUUGACUCGGGCUGGAAGCGCUGGGCGAGAGGGUUCAAGAAGCAGUUUGCUCUCAACUCCUUUGAUGUCAUUUACUUCCUGGCUGCGCUGGGAACGGCGGGUCUGGGUAUUUGGGCGUCGGUUAUUGGUAUGCAUGAGGACUUUGCUGGGUCCGCUCUGACGCCUUUUACUUGCAAGAAUCCGGCGUCUUAA